UCACGUCCGGUUCGCGACGACACAGGGGUUGACUAUGAUUUAAAGCUGAUCUCGUAUGCAUUUUGUAAAUAAGAGUAAUGUGUUUUCGCGUGAUUGUUCACUAAUUUUAAUGAGUUUUAUUAUCUUUACUACGUUUGAUCUCAUGCUUUAGGUAUUAAUACAAGAAAAUGAAAGAUCUGCAGUAUUUCAAGCUGAAUAAACUUAGCUGUUUUAUAAUAAUUGUAAUCAUUAAUUUAUCUUUGGGAGAUCAAUGUGUUUGGUAUGGAUCCUGUGGUAUUGAUGUUAAAACAAACAAAUCUGCUGUUUGUAAAUAUGACGGACCUCCAAAGUUACUACAGAAUAAAGAAGAAAGUCUUCAGAUUUUAUCUAAACUUUGUCCCUAUUUUAACCAAAAUAAUGGCUAUUUAUGCUGUGAUGAUAAACAAGUAAUGAAUUUGAAUGCCCAGUUACCUAUGCUAGGUGCUGUUGUAAAAAGAUGUCCCUCUUGUUUUGCAAAUUUAGCUGACAUGUUUUGUGAAGUGAUCUGUUCUGCAAAGCAAAGUGACUUUUUACAGGUUACAAAUACUUCACACAAUGCUGAGGGAAAUAUUACUGUGUCAGAAUUAGUAUGUAAUACAUCUGAAAUAUAUGCUGAAGGUAUUUACAAUUCCUGUAAGAGUGUACAAUUUGUUCCAGGUUUAAGUGCACUUGUUCUUUUAUGUGGAAAAUGGGGAGAAAAAGAUUGUGAUCCAUCUCGAUUACUUAAUUCAUUGGGAAAUAAUGCACAGUCUCCAGUCAUAAUAGAUUUUGAUGUGAGAAAUGACAGUUCGGAAACAAAUCAUCUCUUAAAUUCAAAAAUUAUACCUUGUUCUGAGCCUGUUAAGCCAGGAACUGCUCCUUGUUCUUGUGCUGAUUGUCCUUGUAUACCUCCACCAUUACCACCACCUGAAACUGAAUGGACUGUUUGGGAUUUGCCAGGAAUUGCUGUCAUUAUGAUAUUUGUUUUUUCAAUAUUAACUAUAACGAUCAUUACUGUAUAUAUCAUUUAUAUUUGGAAGAGGAAGUCUGAAAGGCCUUAUCAAAGAGAGAGUUUUCAAUCUAUUGGAGAAAAUCUCUCAUGCUUAGAAAAAUAUGGAAAUAGAGUGGAGAAAAAACUUCAAGAAAUCUUUAAUAGUGUAGGAAAAUAUUGUGCUACGCAUUAUAUUCUUGUUCUCAUGGUAGGGAUGACUGCGUUUGUCGUAAUGUCGUGUGGUUUAAUAUUUUUUACCGUAACGAGAGAUCCGGUGCACCUUUGGUCGGCCUCGACUAGCCGAUCCCGCUUGGAACGUGAUUAUUUCGAUUCUCAUUUUGGCCCAUUUUAUCGAACAGAACAAAUUAUCAUUACUAGGAAAGAGUUUGGAAAUAAUGAGAGAAACUGGUCUUCUAUUUUUGAUAGAGAAUUUCUUCUUCAGGUACUUUCUCUUCAAAAUGAUGUAACGAAACUGCAAGUGGAAGUCAACAAUAAAACUGUUACCAUUAAUGACAUAUGUUUUUCACCUCUCAAUAACAGUUUUUGCACCAUUCAGAGUAUUCUUAAUUGGUUUCAGAACAAUGCUGAACACAUAAAAGAUGAUUAUCUUGAUCAUAUUGAAAAGUGUAUGAAUAAUCCAGCAUACAUUGAACAAGAUUCAAGUUGUUUAGGAGAAUUCGGAGGACCCGUGUUUCCUUUCGUGGCGCUUGGUGGAUUCAAAAACAAGGAUUAUAAAAAUGCAACUGCAUUAAUUAUUACCAUUCUGGUGAAUAAUCAUAUAAAUUCUUCUGAAAAUUCUGAUGCAUUGGCUUGGGAAAACAAGUACAUAGAAUUUAUGAAAAACUAUACACAUGAAAAUAUGACAAUAACAUUUUAUUCCGAGAGAUCUAUUGAAGAUGAAAUAGGAGAACAGAGUUAUUCAGAUGUAUAUACUAUUCUUACUAGCUACAUUGUGAUGUUUCUAUACGUAUCUAUUGCUCUAGGGCAAUAUAAUAGCUUUAGAAGAAGCUUUGUCGAAUCAAAGAUCACCUUAGGUUUGGCCGGAGUGGUGAUCGUGUUUGCUUCCGUGACAUCAUCAGUGGGAGUAUUUAGUUAUUUUAACGUGCCACUUACAUUAAUUGUUGUCGAAGUGAUUCCGUUUCUAGUUUUGGCUGUUGGUGUGGAUAAUAUAUUUAUUAUAGUUCAAACUUACCAGCGUGAUAAGAGACAAGAAUUAGAAACUUGCGAGGAACAGAUUGGACGUAUCGUGGGACAGGUGGCACCUUCAGUUCUUUUAGCAAGUUUUGCAGAAUCAUCAUGCUUUUUUCUCGGUGCCCUUUCAAGCAUGCCUGCUGUACAUACUUUUUCUCUAUAUGCAGGCUUAGCUAUAAUGAUUGAUUUUCUGUUACAAAUCACAUGCUUUAUCUCAUUAUUGGCAUUAGAUGCUAAGAGAGAAGAGAAAUCAAGAUUAGAUAUUUGUUGCUGUAUUCAGUCAGAUGUAAAUAAAUAUGAAGACACCAGUGAAAGCCAUCUGGGAAUUCUUUAUAAAUUUUUUAAAGAUGUAUAUGCACCUUUUCUGAUGAAUGAUGCUGUGAGAAUUUCAGUGCUUGUUGUAUUUUUAGGAUGGUUAUGCUCUUCUAUAGCUGUAGUCAGCAAGUUGGAUAUAGGUUUGGACCAAAAACUUUCUGUACCUGAGGACUCUUAUGUUUAUCAUUAUUUUGAAAAUCAAGCAGAGUAUUUAGCUGUCGGACCACCAAUGUACACCGUCGUUAAAGAAGGAUACAAUUACACAACUUAUGAAAAUCAAAAUUUGAUUUGUAGUAGUGAUGGAUGCAACAGGUUUUCACUUUUAAUGCAAAUAUCUUAUGCAGCAAUGAAUAAUAAUCGAACACAUAUAGCGUAUGAUGCAUUUUCGUGGUUAGAUGAUUAUUUCUCGUGGGCUAGUAGUGACUGUUGUAAAGUAUAUGCAAAUACUACACGAUACUGCCCUUCAACAGUUCAUGCCAAUUGUGUUAGCUGCAAUAUUGUAAAUUCGACAACGAAUCGUCCGAGGCCAGAAAACUUCACAGAGUACGUGAGACACUUUCUUGAAGAAGAACCGUCACCGUCGUGUCCAAAAGGAGGAAAAGCUUCGUAUGAAACUGCUGUACAGUUAAAGGGAAACGAAAUCGGAGCAACCUCGUUCAUGACUUACUAUUCGGCGCUGAAGAAUUCAUCGGAUUUUACGGAAGCUCUGAAGUGGAGCCGCGUCAUAACUCAAAAUAUCACGACCACUUUAAAGGGUUAUAAUGUAGAUGCCGAAAUAUUUCCUUACAGCAUAUUUCACGUAUUUUACGAACAAUACCUUACCAUGUGGAAAGACACGAUACAGAAUUUAGCGAUAUCUAUGAUAGAUAUAUUUAUAGUCACUUUCAUUCUUCUCGGAUUGGAUAUUUAUUCAGCUUUAACAGUAAUAAUCACAAUUUUUAUGAUUUUACUAAAUCUCAUGGGUAUGAUGUUUUGGUGGAACAUAUCAUUGAAUGCCGUCUCAUUAGUCAACUUGGUAAUGGCCAUUGGAAUCUCAGUAGAAUUUUGUUCUCACAUUGUUCGGGCAUAUGCCGUCAGUAACGAAGGGUCAAAAAAAGCAAGAGCAGAAAGUGCACUAGCAGAGAUGGGAAGUUCGGUGUUGUCUGGAAUAACUUUGACUAAAUUUGGAGGCAUUAUCGUUCUCUAUUUUGCUAAGUCACAAAUUUUUAAAAUUUUUUACUUUCGGAUGUAUCUGGGAAUAGUGUUGAUCGGCGCUUCUCACGGGCUCAUUUUUCUCCCCAUUUUUCUAAGUAUAUUUGGUAAACCAAUGAACAAGGCCUUAUUAAACAGUGGAGAGAGGAGUGAAGAUAAGUUGAGCAGCGAAGAGAAACUAUGAUUAAAGUUUUAAAAGUUUCAUUUAAAUUUUAUGUAAAGAAAAAAUUAUAUUCGGUCAUAAGUUGCGGCUUGUAGUAUUGCAUUCGGGUGGACUAUUUUAAAAUAAAUGCUUGUGAUUUU